AUGGAGCCCGUGCUCUGGAGGAUGCUGAGCAGGGACACAGUGGGCCCAGAGCAGACCCAGCCCCUCAGGCACAUCCGCCCACGGAAGGAGCACGGUGGGGCGUUGUCAGUGCAAAAUCAGCCGUUUCAGGUGGAACUCGCGGUGUCCUCAGGCAGCACGGCCAAAGCCAGAUGCAUCCCCCUGCAGCAGGCACCCACCCUGCAGCAGGCACCCACCCUGCAGCAGGCACCCACCCGCAGCAAACUCCUCCUGGUGUCCUUUGAUGGCUUUCGGUGGAACUACGAUCAGGACGUGGACACCCCCAACCUCGACACUAUGGCUGCAGAUGGGGUGAAGGCCAAGUACAUGACUCCUCCCUUCAUCACCCUCACCAGCCCAUGCCACUUCACGCUGCUGACCGGGCGAUACCUGGAGAACCACGGGGUGGUCCACAACAUGUGGUUCAACACCACCACAGGUGUGAAACUGCCCUACUACACCACACAAGGCAUAAGCAGCUGGUGGGACAAUGGCAGCCUGCCCAUCUGGAUCACUGCCCAGAGACAGGGCUUGAAGACAGGCUCUAUCCACUUCCCCGGAGGAAGAGCAAAAUACCAAGGGGAAGAAGUGAACAAGAAGUUGGUGGAGCCCCCCAUAUUCAACUACAGCAACGAAACCAACUGGAGGCAGAGCAUCGACACGGUCAUGGAAUGGUUCACAGUGGACAACCUCGACUUCAUCGCUCUCUACUUUGGAGAGCCAGACUCCUCAGGACACAAGUUUGGCCCUGAUUCCACACAGAGGAAAAACAUGAUCAAGCAGGUGGACAGAACCGUCGGUUACUUGAGGCGGCGUAUCCGGGAGAGUGGCCUGGAAUCAAAGCUCAACCUCAUCAUCACGUCUGACCACGGCAUGGACACCGUCAUAAAGACCGAUGAGAUCCUUAUCCGGGCCAUAAAGAACUUCACAUUCAAAGACAUCGACUUUGAACUCUUAGAUUAUGGACCAAAUGGACUCCUGGUGCCAAAAGAAGGGAGAUUAGAGCAUGUGUACUCAGUCCUGAAAGACGCCCACCCAAAACUGCACGUGUACAAGAAAGAAGAGUUUCCAAAGAAAUUCCACUAUGCCAACCAUCCUCGGAUCACCCCACUUGUGUUGUACAGCGAUCCAGGAUAUGUGAUCCAUGGGAGGGUCAAGGUCCAGUUCAAUAAAGGGGAACAUGGUUUCAACAACGAGGAUAUGAACAUGAAAACCAUCUUCCGUGCCGUGGGACCGGCCUUCAAGAAGGGGCUGGAGGUGGAGCCCUUCGAAAGCGUCAACGUCUAUGCCCUCCUCUGCGAGCUGCUGGGCAUCACCCCUGAGCCCCACGAUGGCUCCCUGGAGGUCACCAAGCCCAUGCUGCAAGGGUCGGAGGAUUCUGGGGGCGAAGAUUCGGGUGCUCCUCUCCCACCUGCCAAGAACCUGCCGCUGAUGCUGGGACUCGCUCUCGUUUUGGGAAGCUGGGGAGGAGUUUUCUAA